CAGAAAAGUGUCAGUUUAUAUUUUCUGUUCAAUUAAACUCUCAAUUUGUCACAAAACUACAAAUUGCAAUAAUGACUGACUUCACGGGUAAAUACAAACAGACCUCAUCCGAGAACCUGGAUGUCCUUCUCAAAGAGCUCGGAUUACCGGAUGAAGUGGUAAAUCGUGCCAAAACACAGACAUCGGACGUGGAGAUCAGCAAAUCUGGCAAUGAAUACACCAUUAAAACGGUGUCCCCU